ACAGGCCAGCACUAGGCCAACAGCACGGAUGAGCUCCAACAUGGCUGCAGCUGUGCCAGUGGCUGUGGCUGCCUCCAGGAAGGAGUCUCCAGGCAGAUGGGGCGUGGGGGAGGAGCCGACAGGCUUGGGCCCCUCCCUGCAAUGCCGCGUAUGUGGAGACAGCAGCAGCGGGAAGCACUACGGCAUCUACGCCUGCAAUGGCUGCAGUGGCUUCUUCAAGAGGAGCGUGAGGCGGCGGCUCAUCUACAGGUGCCAGGUGGGGGCAGGGAUGUGCCCGGUGGACAAGGCCCACCGGAACCAGUGCCAGGCCUGCCGGCUGAAGAAGUGCUUGCAGGCAGGCAUGAACCAGGACGCUGUGCAGAAUGAGCGCCAGCCACGAAGCAUGGCCCAGGUCCGCCUGGAUGGCAUGGAGUCAGACACCGGGCCCCGGCUGGAGCCUCUGGUGGCUUCCCCAGCCCCGGCAGGGCCCAGCCCACGGGGCCCCAUGCCUGUUUCUGCAGCCAGAGCCCUGGGGCCUGGGGCCCUCACACCUCCUGGGCACCACCACUUCAUGGCCAGCCUUAUAACAGCUGAAACCUGUGCUAAGCUGGAGCCAGAGGAUGCUGAUGAGAAUAUUGAUGUCACCAGCAAUGACCCUGAGUUCCCCUCGUCCCCCUACUCCUCUUCCUCCCCCUGUGCCCUGGACAGCAUCCAUGAGACGUCAGCUCGCCUCCUCUUCAUGGCUGUCAAGUGGGCCAAGAACCUGCCUGUGUUCUCCAACCUGCCCUUCAGGGAUCAGGUGAUCCUGCUGGAAGAGGCGUGGAGUGAACUCUUCCUCCUUGGAGCCAUACAGUGGUCUCUGCCUCUGGAUAGCUGCCCACUGCUGGCCCCGCCGGAGGCCUCUGCUGCCGGCAGCUCCCAGGGCCGCCUGGCCCUGGCCAGUGCAGAGACUCGUAUCCUGCAGGAAACCAUCUCACGGUUCCGGGCAUUGGCGGUGGACCCCACAGAGUUUGCCUGCAUGAAGGCCCUUGUCCUCUUCAAACCAGAAACACGGGGCCUGAAGGAUCCUGAGCACGUGGAGGCCUUGCAGGACCAGUCCCAAGUGAUGCUGAGCCAGCACAGCAAGGCCCACCACCCUAGCCAGCCUGUGAGGUUUGGGAAAUUGCUCCUUCUCCUCUCGUCUUUGAGGUUUAUCACUUCCGAACGUGUUGAACUCCUCUUUUUCCGCAAGACCAUAGGGAACACUCCCAUGGAGAAGCUCCUUUGUGAUAUGUUCAAAACCUAAUGAAGGUGGAAGGAAAAUGGGUACACCCACUUUGGAAAACAAUCUCCUGAAGCUAAAUGUUUGCCCGCCCUGUGACCCAGCAAUUUCACUUGUAGGUAUGCGUACCUAGCAGAAAUGCACAUCAAAAGAUAUCAUAAGAAUAUUCAUAGCAGCUUUAUUCAUAAUAGCCCCAAACUGCACAUUGACAGUAGAAUGGAUUAAUUGUGGUAGUCAUAUAAUGGAAAACAGCAGUGAAAAAGAAUCAACUACUAAUACAUGGGACAACAUGGAUAAAUUUCACAGACAUAAAAGUUGAAUAAAAGAAGCCAGACACAAGUUCUGCUUACACAAAGUUCAAGAACAGGCAAGACAAAGUUGGAAUAGUAGUUACCUCUGGGGUAGGAGGUGGGGUGAUUGGGAAGAGGCCCAAAGGAGCCUUCUGGUGUGCUAGAAAUAUUCUUUAUUUUGAUCUAGACGGUGGUUUCAUAAACUUACACAUUCAUAAAAAUUAAUUGAGCUGUGUAUUUAAGAUUUGUGCACUUUACUGUAUUGUUAGACUUCAAUGAAAAAGUGAAAAAACACAAACAGGAAAACAAAUGUGGCCAAGGAUCUCUCUCUGAGGACAUUAAAGGAAUGAACACAGGGUCUUACGUUCCAUCCAGCUUCUCUCUGAGUCAGAGUUCAUGUGCAAUGAAUUCAAGCCCAGUGAAAACUCUCCCACAGGAUUCAACAACCCAGCUUCUCUCUAGAUGACCUCCCACCAUCCCACAGCUUCUCUCAAUUUUCCUCUUCCUUAUCCUUCCUCACCCCUCCAUAAGCAAACGUGGGCACCAGCCAACUCAACACAGGGCAGUUACAGGCACUUUUUGAGAAGGGGAAUCUCCAUCACUUCUUAAUUCCUUACGGAAAGAUGAAGCUCAGAAAUCUCAUCCUUUUCAAAGAUAGACCCAGAAGACCUAGAAUAUAAUAAUAAUCAAAAAAGUUAACAUAUAUCAGGCACCUUAUAUACCAGGCAGUGAAGUGAGUGCUGAAUGCGCAUUGUUAUUUAAUCCUGAUUAACUCUGGGGGAGGGACAAAUCAUCUCCAUUUAUAAAUGAAAAAACUGAGGCUUGUCUAAGACUCAAACCUUGUUGCGACUCUACUUAACUCUGGCACUGCCUCUACCCCAUGCCCCCUCCACCUCUGGAAUCAGCUAAACAAUUCUGUUGCAUUUUUUUUCUUUUUGAGGAACGUUAGCCCUGAGCUAACUACUGCCAGUCCUCUUCUUUUUUUGCUGAGGAAGC